AACAGAUUCUGAAUAAUGGGGGCCUCGGUGUCUGUACGGAACCAAACGCCUUACACUUGGCACUACGAACUUGUCAGUUCGAACGUAAGUAUCUGAGUCAAUGUAAAAUCAUGAUAGUUAUAAACGUAGUGUAAUGUUGUGACACUUCUGCUGCUAACAGGGACACUUACAGAGAACAAAAUCAACAGAAUUUAAAUAUGCCAAGGUAAUUGAUAAUGGUAAUAAUGUAAUUUUGCUGAGUGUAAGGUGCUCUGUGAAAUACCUGAUCAUGAUAUUUAUAAACCUAGAUUAUUGGCUCUUCCCAAUGCUGGCAUGCCACUAAGGAAGGCAAACAUUAUGAAGAGCUGAACUAAUAAUGGCAGUGUUGAUAGAGUUGAAUUCUGUUGAUGUUGGUAAAUGAAUAAAGUCGGCCCAUUGUGUAUGAUAAUUACAUUUUACUGAGUGUAGCCUACCUUUAAGCACUGUGGACUACCUGAAAGGGGCUGUUGGUAGUAAAAGUGCUUAUCGAUAUUGUCCCUGUGACAAAAUUAAAACAAGUGUAAUAUCAGACCUGGAACAUUUAUUUUGAGAUCAAUCUCGAAAUAUAUUGAGCAAUAAAUUGGAUCGCUGAAGAUUAAUCUUAACACAUUUCAAGAUUGAAAAUUAGAUCUGGUAUUGCUUUUCUGUUUUCCAGGGAGGUGGCAGUGGCACGUUGCAUGGCUGGGGUAGUGUAACAAAACACCUCAACUCUAGUUGGAGCCCUUGCUACCUAAAGUUAAGAUAUGACAAUCACAGUUAUAACUCCUUCUCAUAUGAAUUCAACAGUCACAAGCAGGGCAGGAGUCAAACAUUCACUAUUAUAGAAACCAGUGGCCGUUCACUUAUUCAACUACUGUGCGACGCUGAGUCUAAUAGUCCAACAUGUCCAAACUAUGGUAAGUACCUCAAAUUCAUACAAAUCUGCUGAGCUACAUUAUCUUGUUCAAAAUGUUCAGUUUGGAAAUAAACCAUAUAUCCUCAAUACAUCAUUUAUCAGCAACUAGUAUUUGCAACUGAGCCAAUUAAUGUAAAGGUUUUUCCUUACAGUAUAUAAAUACUAUAGUAUUGGUUCAUAUGUUCAUGAAAUAGCAAUAUUGGCUCAGGGCUGCUAUUUUUGUUAUUGAUCAGUAUUUUGUUGGAACAACAUUGGCUGUUGGCUACUACGUCUCAAAUGGCACCUUAUUUGUAAACAUGGGCUCUGGCCAAAAGUUGUGCACUACAUAGGGAAUAUGGUGUCAUUUGUAUUCAUCCAUCAGGGAAGCAAGAGGAAGACCGUAUCCGUCAGCAGCAGGAGGAGGUGGAGCGGCGAAGACAGGAGGAGCAACGAAGACGACAGCAGGAGGAGAUGGAGGAGCAACGAAGACGACAGCAGGAGGAGAUGGAGGAGCAACGAAGACGACAGCAGGAGGAGAGGAGGCGCCAGGAGCAACUGGAGAGCGAGAGGAGAAUCCAGCAAGAAAUCGAAAGAGAGUGCGAACUUUCGGGUAAGAAGGUGUCAAAGGGACGAGAAAAGCUGAUACAGAAGCUGAGUCUUAAAGGACAACAGCGCCAUCACCAGCGUACACAAGUACUACACCAGAUGAUAGAAGAUGAUGCUGCAGCAAUCGUAAGGGAUGAGGUAUGAGAUAUUUAAAAGGGUUGUAGAAUUUGUUUUAUUUUGCAUUAAUGAUUUUGUGUUUAGCAUUAAUGUUGCGUUAACUUAAUGAUAAACAUAUUAUUAUAUUUUUCUGAAAAUACAGUUUCUCAUAUUUACAUAGAGUUGCCAAUUUACAUGGGACCACCACUAAUAGAAAAAGUGUUUCUAGUAUGACACAUACAUAUUUUAUUGCAUCUGUACUAAAACAUUCCUUUUCUUUACACUUUUUUGUGUUGGAACCAUUUUAUUCUAGCCAGGGCACUUGAAAAAUACGUUUGAAGAGCUUCUGAAGAAGUACAAGAUCACUGAAGACAAAAGCAUGCAAGAGGACAAACUUGAAAACCGAAUGAAAAAUCUUCAGAAUGAGCUAAGCCUUCAAUACUUUGGAGAGCCUCAACUGUCCAUCUGGUGUCAGUUGACCAUAGAUCGUGCUAUCAGCCAAGGAGAGCAAUCACUCACCGAGAGGUUUAGCAUCCUCACGGCUGUGGCAGAGCUAACGUUGACCAACGACUCGGACACAGACAGUAGAGAGGUCCAACUACCUGACUGGGACCAGAAGUAUGACUUUCUCAUCCGUCUUCUUGAACAGCUGUACAGCACCAAUCCCACAGUGGUUCAGCAACUUGUUCUGAGCAUUCUUGACAUGUUCACAGAGGUGUCAGAGAAAAACAAGGAGCUCCUUAGUCAAAUUCUCUUCAACAUGAUUUGGACACCUUCAGAAAUUCUGCUCUUUUUGCGAGGUGUUUUAGGCAUAAACCAAGAGUUAGCAACCUCAAUCCUUCAUACAGUGCGGACGAACAAGCUGGAUCUUCUCUCUACUCUCUCUGCCCUGAAAGAAAAAGAGCCUGUCAACUCUCUACAAUGGUAUGCUGAGGCAGAAGGGGACAAGGAUGCCAACACCAUUGUGAAUGAAAUGCGAAAUGAAAAGUACCCAGAGAAAAUACUGUCCAUAAUGGAGGAAAUUCUAGGAUAUAUGACAGAGGAGCUUCCAAAACAUGCAAAGGAGGACUUGGAUCAGGUAAAGAUAGAGGAAGCAAAGCAGAUGAUCAAGUCUCUGGAUUUUACUAACCCUGACCUUGCUGUUCUCAAGGAGGUCCUAAUAAGGAUGUCUAUGGCUGUGCAAGACUGCUCAACCAUUUACACUCAAAACGGUAAGAACAUAGAAGGCUACUUUCCUCGCAUCACUCCGCUGGAGUCACUGCUCACUGCUGAGAAAAUAGAAGGCUACUUUCCCCGACUCACUCAGUUGGCAUCACUGCUCAUGCUCCUUCUACCAAAGUUAACAGGGAAAAAAGGUAUCCUUCUGGAAAUCGGCACAGGUGAAGGAAAAUCUUGCAUCUUGGCUAUGUUUGCCACCAUCCAGGCCAUCCGCGGCACUAAGGUUGACAUUGUGACCAGUUCUCCAGUCCUUGCUCGCCGAGACCAAGAGGAGUGGAAGAAACUGUAUGACAUGUUUGGUGUCACAUCCUCUGUUGUGCCACCACCACAGAUACAGGGAAGCUCCCCUGAAAGCAGGGAUAGUAGGCUACAGGAGGCUUACAGGAAACAAUUAGUUUACGGAACCGUUGGCAGCUUUGCAGCAGACGCAUUGAGGCAGGAAUUCGAGAAGGACACCACACGUGGGGAGAGGAGGUUCGACAUGGUGAUUGUGGAUGAAGUGGACUACAUGACUUUGGACAAUGGAGUUCAGGUGACGUUUCUAUCCCACGAGGCAAGUGGCCUGAGGCACCUCGACCAAGUCCUUGCUAGCAUAUGGGCCAUGGUAUCUAUGUGUCAGCCAAUUGAGAUGGAAGAUACUGGAGAGAUUGAGUGGGCAACUGGAAUCCAACAUUUCCACAAGGCUGCAAAGUUAGCUGUUAUCGGUCCAGCGACAUCUCAAGAAUUCUCUGAAUUUCACAUUUUGGAAGCCGGAGUGGAGUUGGGUAUCUAUUCAGAUGAAGAUUUUGACAUGUUCAUGCAAGCUCUAGAGAACGCAGAGAAACACGAUACAACUGAGAACAGGAAAACUGUUGAUACAUUCAUGGCCAAAGUUGGAAUUACUCAACAGUGUGAUCUGCUCACCAUCAUGGAGAAAGCACUGGAGAAUGAUGUGGCCAUUGACUGUUACUCUGUGACAAACAAUAAAGCCGUGCUGGUUGAGGAGAAAAAGUUGCACAACAACCCUGAUAUCCUGGAAAUCAAAAUGCUUCUCCUCGAGAAUGGACGAGCCAGUGAGAUCAUACCAGAAGACAAACUCAUUAAGGCAACUGUCUCUGAGCUGAAGUCUAAAAUCAAAUAUUCUGGCAACUCUCAGUCAAACUCAGAGUUUCUUGUGAUCCCCUCUUUCCUUGAGAAAUACCUUGAGAAUCGGUUACCAGUCUUUGUGGAAAACGCCCUGAAAGCCAUCAUGAUGACACAAGGCAGAGAGUACAUGAUUGAUCAGACAUUGGAAGCGGUCAGAGACGAGCAUCUCUACCAUGCCAUCAUCCCAGUGGACUUCCAGGCCAGUGGAGUGUUGGAGAAGAACAAACGCUGGGGGGACGGCCUGCAGCAGUUUCUGGAGAUGAAACACCAGCUGGCAACCACUCCUUUGUCCAAUGUGACAAAUUACCUGUCAAACUUCCAUUACUUUCAAAAGUACCUAAAAGGGAAUGGGAUAUUUGGUGUGUCUGGGACAUUAGGGGGCGAUGCCGACAAAGAUUUCCUUGCAAGGCAUUACGAAACAGACAGCUACACAAUACCAGCUCACCGCCAUAAGAAGGUUGUUGAGCUUCCAGCAAUUCAGGUCAGUGGGCAAGCCCAGUGGAUGGAGAUCCUCUGUAAGACAGCAAUGAGAGUGGCAGACAUUGGUCAGGUUGUCUUGGUCAUAUGUGAGGAUGUCAAGACCGCAAAAGAGCUUCUGAAGAAAAUAGGGGGCGAGAAUCCACAUCCCCCCAUCACAUUAUACACAAUCAGUGAGAAACACAACAUUGAGAGUACCAAAUUCAGAGGGGGACAUAUAAUCAUAUCCACAAAUCUAGGAGGUCGUGGAACAGAUAUCAAGGUUGAUCAGGAUGUCAACCUAUGUGGUGGCCUCUUCGUCCUCCUGACACAUUACCCUGGCAGUCGCAGAGUGGAGAAACAGGUGUUCGGAAGAACUGGUCGGAAGGGAAACCCGGGCGUGGUCCAGAUGAUCCUCCGUGGGGAUAACCUUGCCCCAGCAUACCAGGGCCAGCCUGUGGAGAUCAUGAGACAACUGAGAGAGGAGUACGAAGUCCAACGCAUCAAAGAUAUGGAGACAGAUGAGCUUCUCGAAAUCAAAAUAAAAGAGGACCUGUUUGGCACGUUUUGCGAAUUUCUUGACAAGUUUGACGGCAACUUCACAAAACAGGAGAGAGAUGACCUGUCGGGAAUGGGGCCGAAAGAUGUCCCUGAGUGUUUUAAAGAUAAAGGCCCUAAGUUUGAUUACCAGCCGGCACUCAAUGCUUUGAAAGAAACAUGGGCAUUGUGGCUUACCCUUCACGAGGAGCACAUCCGUCGGCACGAAGAUAUCAGUGUUCUUAAAGCAGACCUUCUUGAGCAUAUCACAAAUAGGGGCAACAUGCUGCUGAAUGGAAAAAGUCAAAACUUCUAUGACCACAUAAAGCAGGCUACCGGCAGAACUGACUUGCACCUCCGCAACAAAAGUAAGUGUGACUAUGAAGCAAAGUCCUACUGGAAAGAUGUUGAAGAGUGUGACCCUUUUUACAGUGCCGUGGCACUGUACAACCAAGCCUUCAUCACCAUCAACAUGGGCAAAGAUGGCUACAAAACAGAGGCAAGGGAAUUACUGGAAAGGGCAAAGACAUCUGUGGAUGUUUACUUGUCAGAAACAACAAAUACCAUGGUUUUUUUUCAGAUUGCCACAAUGGCAACUUUUGAACCACAUCAUGAAGGAGAACGCAACUUUCUAAAGCAAAUAGAUUCCAGGAUGAGCAUUCACAAAGCUUGGAUACUUAACAUUGACCUUGUGGUAAAUAAACUUAAAGAGCUUGAGGGGGAAGGCACGGCCAUAACAGAGGUAUCCUCAGUGUACAGCCUCUCAGAAAAUCAAGACUACAUCACAGCAAAUGAACUCACGGCCUUGUAUGACAAUGGCCUGUGUAUUGUGUUUGAGGUGAAAAGGAAGCCCGAGUUCAGCUUUGACGCUUUGAUUUGUUUCUUCAUCGGUGUGAGUCAGGUCAUCCUUGGAGUUCUGGUUUGUGCCCUGUCGUUUGGCGCUGGAACCCAGAUUGGCUUUAGUCUCAUCUCUGAAGGAGUCUCCGACAUGAUUGAAGGGAUAACUGGCAUGAUAUCGGGCACGUUCAAUUGGGUGCAAUGGGCCAUCUCCAAAAGCAUCAGCAUUGGGAUGUCUCUGCUCUCCGCAGGGUUCAGCGCCAUUAAAAAAGUUGCCAUCACAGCAUAUAAAGUCCUCAAUGGUACUAAGAAACUCUCAUCUGUCGCAAAGGAAAUCAUUGGCACAGGAAAAUAUGUUUUCAAGUCCGCACAGGGAGCGGUAAAAUCUAUCUCCAAAGAAACAAUUAAGACUGCAACAAAGAAACUGGUAUCCCCUACAAACAUGAAGGUGGCUCUAAAACACGCAACCAAGUAUGCAUUUCAGGAGGUAGGGAAGCAGAGUGUAAUCGCAGGAAUUAACUACGGCAUUGAUGCUGGAAUUGGGGCCAUCUUUAAAAUUAUUUUAGAAAAAGCUUUCAAAGACAUGGUCACUUCAACAGUCAAACAGAAUGCCGAACUAGGUCUUAGUCUCACUAAGUACAUUGGCUCUGCAGUACCUAAAGGAGCUUUGCAGAACCGCAGCAAUUAUAAAAUUGACUCAAAGCUUGAACAACAAAUGAAAGAUUUAGUUCAAGUUAUGACAAAAGAUCUUAUUCCUGGCCUCAUGACUGAUGCCACCACAUCCCAAGUCAGUGAUGUUAUCAGCAGACUCUCUGAGGUGUGCAAUAAUGCAACUGACCUUGUGGAAAAAAGUGGGACACAUUGCAUUGCAAAAGGAGUCAAAAUAAGUGUAGAAAUAGCUAAACACACCACAACCUUGGUCCAAAUGAUUCAAUCCAUUCCUACAGAACAUGUUAUCAAUGACAUAUUUGUCCUCAAAUUAAAAAAAGAAAUUGAAGAGCAGCAAAGAAAUCUGGAGCAGUAUGACCAAGAUGGCAGACAUGACUUACCAGAUGUGAUUCGCCUGAAGGAUGAGUUCCUAAGCUCCAUUUCGGAAAGUGUCUCCCAAGCAUUCGUAGAUGCUUGUGCUGGUCAUAUGUCCGACUUUGUGACGCGACAAUUCAAGAAGAAGGUCAAUGCAGUCACUGGAAAAGUUGUUGACAAUGUACUUGGCAGACACAAAACUGAGGGCUUUUUCCAGGACCGGCAGCAUAAACAUGAUAUGAAGUCAGCCAGUCAGAAGACUGGGAAAGCUCUGUCAGAGACUGAAACAAAAGAACUCCUGGACUAUGCAGAGAAGAUUGGUGAUGUUAAUAGACCAGCCUCGGCCCUGGACAUUUAUAUCCUCACAAACAGUGACCUGCUCCAUGGUAAAGGCAUCCAGUUCAAAGUGGUGGAUCAACAUGGGAAAACACUCUCAGAGGAGUCCUACCCGGGAACGAACAGCUCAGCCGGCCAAAUCACUCUACGGCUGACCAAAGAGCCUGAGGAAACACACAGGUAUUUGUCCUAAACUGUUUGGUAGACCUUCAUCAACAAUACUGCAAAUCUCCCCAAAUUAGGAUCUCUCCAAUUAGAACUACAUUAAUGAGAACCAAUGGUGCUCUUUAUUUCUGCUCUUUCAGUGAGAAAGGAAUCCUCUCUAAAGCAAAAGACAGAAUCCAAGGAGUGGAAAAUCCAUACAGUGGUCACUUUGACAUCAUCCAAGAUGGCAAAGUAAUCCCUGUGCGCUCAGAGAACCAGAACUGCCUGUACCAUGCCCUAGCACAGGCAAUAUCUAACAGGUCAGAGGAUGAGAUCAAGAGUCAAGCUGUGAAUCUACGAAACAACGUUAAAGACCAGGUACUGUAGGCCUACGCAUGUCUACGUAUAGUUUAAAUAAUUCUUAAACUAAGUAACUUCCUGAAAUAUGUAAUUUUAAUCAAAUCCAACGAAGGAACUCUAGGAAAUUAAGAUGAUUGGUAGAUACCAACUGUCCCUAAAUAAAAUAAAUGAAUAUAACAGAUUGCACCUUUAACCUUUGUUGUGGAGUAAUUGGAGUUAUUGAUACCUGUUAUGUCUUCCCAUAGAUCAAAGGGAACCUUCAUGCUCAUAGUGAAAUGGUAAAAACCCAGAAGGCCUAUGAUGCACUCAAGAAAAAUCAUGGAAAAUAUGCUAUAGUUGGAGGGGUAGGGCCGACAGCAAGACAAGUGAUGAUGAGGAAUAUGGUCACGAUAUCAGUCCCAUGAAGUAUAUUCCUUAUAGUUCCUCAGGGAUAAAUGAGGAGGACAUAGCCUAUGCGUACCAACUUGGAUUAGUUGGUCCUUACAAAAGGUAAUUUAGCAUAAUAUUUGUUUUAUUUUUAUAUGGGCAUUGUUCAAAUCUACCAAUGUAAUUAUAAUGACCCUGCAUUGUUUUUACACUUGAAUACAUUAUUAAGACCAGAAAUGUAUAUAAUAAUUAAUAAAGCAUUGACAUACAAAUUGUAUAAAUAGAUGUGUUUACUUGAAUUGUACUUUCAUAGUACAACCUUUUCUCUUCUAUCCCCUCAUCAGAGUCAAAAACACCAGACUUAUCUCUGAAUACAUGGGGGAAAGAGGCGUUGUGGAGGCAGACCAUAUCCCACCAAAGAGUUCCCUGAAGCAGGCCAGAGACCAACAAUCUCAGAUGAAAGAUCUUCAACAGAAGAAUCCAAAGCUUUACGAUAUGAUAAACAGCAUUGGAUCAGAUUCAAAUGGAGAGAACCUGCCCACAAUGCGGGUUCUCAAACAGCAUCACAGGAAUGCUCUAACCACUGGAGCCAGUAAGGCAUCUGUCAUCUGCAGGUGAAUUAUCUAUUAUUAUACAGUGCAUUCGGAAAGUAGUCAGACCCUUUGACUUUUUCCACAUUUUGUUACGUUACAGCCUUGUUCUAAAAUUGAUUAAAUAAUUGUUUUCCCUCAUCAAUCUACACACAAUACCCCAUAACGACAAAGUGAAAACAGGUUUUUAGAAAUAUUUGCAAAUGUAUUACAAAUAAAAAACGGAAAUACCCUAUUUACAUAAGUAUUCAGAGCCUUUGCUAUGAGACUCGAAAUUGAGCUCAGGUGCAUCCUGUUUCCAUUGAUCAUCCUUGAGAUGUUUCUACAACUUGAUUGGAGUCCACCUGUGGUAAAUUCAAUUGAUUGGACAUGAUUUGGAAAGGCACACACCUGUCUAUAUAAGGUCCCACAGUUGACAGUGCAUGUCAGAGCAAAAACCAAGUCAUGAGGUCGAAGGAAUUGUCUUUAGAGCUCCGAGACAGGAUUGUGUCGAGGCACAGAUCUGGGGAAGGGUAACCAAACAAUGUCUGCAGCAUUGAAGUUCCCCAGAACACCAUGGCCUCCAUCAUUCUUUAAAUGGAAGACGUUUGGAAACACCCAGACUUUUCCUAGAGUCUGGCCGCCCAGCAAACUGAGCAUCGGGUAGGCCUUGGUCAGGGGAGGUGACCAAUAAUAAUAUCCAUUUAAGAGCAGCGCUUUCAUCCAAAAAGCGACUUACAGUCAUGUGCCAUACAUUUUUUACGUAUGGGUGGUCCCCGGGUAUUCGAACCGCACUACCCUGGCGUUCAUGCGCCAUGUUGUACCAAUUGAUCUAACAGUGAGCCCCAAGAACCGAUGGUCACCUCUGAAGAUCUCCCGAUUCCUUCUGUGGAGACUGGAGAAACUCCAGAAGACACCAUCUCUGCAGCACUCCACAAUUAGGCCCUUUAGGUUGAGUGGCCAGACGGAAGCCACUCCCCAGUAAAAGGCACAUGACAGCCCACUUGGAGUUUGCCAAAAGAAACCUAAAGGACUCUCAGACCAUGAGAAACAAGAUUCUCUGGUCUGAUGAAACCAAGAUUGAACUCUUUGGCCUGAAUGUCAAGCGUCACGUUUGGAGGAAACCUGGCACCAUCCCUACGGUGAAGCAUGGUGGUGGCAGCAUCAUGCUCUGGGGAUGUUUUUCGGGGGCUGGGACUGGGAGACUAGUCAGGAUCGAGGGAAAGAUGAACGGAGCAAUGUACAGACAGAUCCUUGAUGAAAACCUGCUCCAGAGCGCUCAGGACCUCAGACUGGGGCGAAGGUUCACCUUCCAACAGGACAACAGCCCUAAGCACACAGCCAAGACAAUGCAGGAGUGGCUUCGGGACAAGUCUCUGAAUGUCUGGCCGACUUGAUCCCGAUCUAACAUCUCUGGAGAGACCUGAAAAUAGCUGUGCAGCGACGCUCCCAUCCAACCUGACAGAGCUUGAGAGGAUCUGCAGAGAAGAAUGGGAGAAACUCACCAAAUACAGGUGUGCCAAGCUUAUAGUGUCAUACCCAAGAAGACUUGAGGCUGUAAUCAUUGCCAAAGGUGCUUCAACAAAGUACUGAGUAAAGUGUCUGAAUACUUAUGUAAAUGUGAUAUUUCCGUUUUUUAUUUAUAAUAAAUUUGCUACAAUUUCUAAAAACCUGUUUUUGCUUUGUCAUCAUGGGGUAUUGUGUGUAGAUUGAUGGGGAAAAAAGAUUUAAUCCAUUUUUAGAAUGUAACGUAACAAAAUGUGGAAAAAGUCAAGGUGUCUGAAUACUUUCCGAAUGCACUGUAGGUGUAAUCCAUCCCUACCCUUCCGCCUGUGAUACACAACCGAGGCUGAAAUAAAAACACAGAAACAAACCUACUUUGAUUUAAUUCAAGCAGGGUUCCUGCCUGGUCCUCUUCUUAGAUACCUUUAAUUUUGCUACAGUGUGAAAAGUUCCAUUCUUGUGGUGUAUUAGGAAUUGAAUACUUACUAUCUAUGCUGCUUCCCUAUUCGGAAUGUUCUCAAUCUCUUAACAACACUGUACAUGCCCUUCCAACUCAUAGGAAGCUGCUGGCAGAUACACUUGCAAGCGGAGAUGUGGAGAAAUCACUGAAGUUCUCUUUCAUCAUGGCUCAUCCGAUUGCUUCUGACCAGCUCAGAGACAAAGCAGGUGAUUAUUGUCCUGUCUGUCCUUCUUAUAUAGGAAAUUCUUGACUAGAUUUUUCUCAUUUCAGUUUGAAUAUUAACCCCUUAAUUUGUUUAUGUUUUUAUUCUAGGAAACCCCAAUCGACUUACCCCGGGCCCCACUGUUAUUUCUCCUGAAGGAACAGUGUUAUACUACAAAGCUGGCUUCAAUCAGAUGCUGAAUCACUACUGUAAAGAGGGGAUCAUCGACCAGAAUCAGCUGAAGAGUCUGAAGUCCUGGGUGGCCGACGAAAAGUACCUGGACCAGAACACCCCAGAGUAUAAAGACAUCUGUACAGCCAUCCAAGAACAAAACCUCCCCUGA